AUGGCGGCAGCGAUGGCGUUCGAUCCCACCGCCCUCAUCCUAGAGAUCUAUCCCGACAACAACAUCACUGGUCCUUCAGUCCAGGCACACCAAGGUGUCCUAGUAGCCUCAUGUGAGUACCUCAUCAACGGUAUGGCGGCGGCGAUGGCAGAAGCAGCAGGUGUGCAGCAAGUAGUAAGGCAGCCGCCCUUCAUGGUUGCGGAGGUGCCUUACGAUGUCAUGACGGUGUUCCUCAAGUGGCUCUAUGCCGCUCACUUCGGCUCGAACAAUCAUCAAUUUCAGUUCCAGACCAUGGCAGAUAUCUUGAGCGUGUGGCGCUGGACGAAGCACCCUCUCUACAACACGGGCUUCCGCGACAGCUUGGUCAUCGAGAUGGUGAAGCUUGUCCAGACUAUCACCAACGUGCGUCCCAAUAUGGCCGCUCACGAACUCGUCCACGUCAUCGCCAACACCAACAGCGAUAUCGAUGGUGGCAUGGCUCACUUCUUCGCCGAUUACAUCCUUCACUCGGAACUCGACGACGCAGGCCUCAACCAGGCCUCGAAUAUCCUGGCGAGCGGCAGUCCUCACACGACUCUUUGCCAUGCAUUCAUGCAUGCUGUACUUACAGGCAAGAAAGCCACACGCUCAGGGCGGCCACAGAAACAGCUACCACAGGACUGCGAUGAGCCCAUGCCACCAGCGCGGGAACAGAUGGACGUCGAGCCGGAGCCUGUUCGCAAAGAGCCAACGCCCGGUGCACAUGCGGCGCCGCUGAUCGAGAAAAUGAAGAACAAGAAACAGUGGAAGUACAAUGACGCGGAGAUCCUCAAGUACAUUAAGUCACCCAAGGAGGACUUCACCAAGAUGCACGGCCAUGGACGUACUAUGAUGCGGGACAAGAUCCGACAUCGCAUGCUCAGGACCAAGGGUCUCGUGGAUGGCAAGGGCAGAAUCAUCAAGCAUGGAGGAGAUGGCCAGAACCGUCACAUCGACUCUCAGCCAGGGGAAGUCAAUGCUGAUUCGGAUAACGAGUCCAUCGCCGUCGCUGGUGUACCACGUCAAGGUGUUGCUACACGCAGCACUCGCUCUUCCCUUCGCAGCCGGUAUGGGCGCAGCGUACACACGGUCAUGGCUUCGCUGUUCCCUCCUGAUAUCAGCAACCCGUUCGAAGACCCGGCUGGUUCCGAGGCAUCGCUCGACGCUGCAGCUGUGCUGACAGUCGAUCGAAAUGCAACUCUGACGCUCGGGACGGACGCACUGAUUGUACUGGACGAAGGGCUCAGACACAGGAGAGCUGCGUCGAAUUGUUGUGGACUGCUACCGCAGCUUGCGAAGACGACGAGGGCGAUUCCGUUCCAUAGUGUGCUGUGGGCGGAGUUUCGCAAUUUUGAUAUUACGAUACAUUAUGCGCAACCUGUAGGAAGGAAGGGAAAUGGAUGUAGGGUUGGAUUCGUGAAUUAUCAGGUCACGGACAAGAGCUUGCACGGACAUGCGAAAGCGUGGGUGGAGAAGUUGAUGGAGAGGACGUAUCCGCCUAGCACGAGGAGGAAGCUGAGGGUAAAGGUCCUCGUGAACCCAUUUGGUGGACAAGGAUAUGCGCAGAAAAUGUGGACUCGGGAGAUUGAGCCCAUACUGGCUGCGGCGCGUUGCGCGCUGGAUAUCGAGAGGACGAUGUACAGAGGGCAUGCUGUGGAGGUUGCAGAGAAGCUGGAUAUUGAGGCGUUUGAUGUGAUUGCUUGCGCUUCUGGGGACGGACUACCGCAUGAGGUGUUCAAUGGACUGGCGAGGCGCAGGGACGCGAAGAGGGCAUUGAGGAAGAUUGCGGUCUGCCAGAUGCCUUGUGGAAGUGGGAAUGCCAUGAGUCUCAAUAUGUUGGGGACAGACUCCCCAUCGCUUGCCGCGGUGGGACUGGUCAAGGGAGUCAGGACACCACUGGAUCUGGUCGCUAUCACGCAAGGGAACAAUACACUGUACAGCUUUCUAUCCCAGGCUGUGGGCAUCAUCGCGGAAACAGACCUCGGAACAGAGUCACUGCGCUGGAUGGGCUCUCUACGCUUCACCUGGGGCUUCAUCGUCCGUCUCCUCGGCAAGACCAUCUACCCAGCCGAAGUUUCAGUCGUAGUUGAGACCGACGACAAGCGCCAAAUCCGCGAGAACUAUCGUCGCGCGCGAGAAGAAUACGAAACCGCCAAAUCAAAACAGCUCCAUCCCUCGACCCACGACGACGACUCCCACCUCGACCCGGAAGAUGUAACCCUUCCCGCGCUCAAAUACGGCACCAUCACUGAUCCCCUCCACCAAGACUUCACAACCCAAGACAUCCCCAACCUCGGCAACUUCUACACCGGCAACAUGUGCUACAUGUCGCCCUCCACUCCCUUCUUCUCCGCCGCGCUCCCCUCUGACGGCCUAAUGGACAUGGUCACCAUCCCCGGCGACAUCGCCCGCACCACCGCGCUACGAAUCCUCACCACCAUCGAAAACGGCACGCUCUUAAACUUCCCCGAAGUCACGUACAGAAAAGUUUUGGCAUAUCGCAUCACGCCGCGGCACAGGCCGGACAUUGUGAAAGGAAGGUUUAGGGCGAGGGUGGGCAGGUGGUUGGGGGGUGCGAAGAAGGGACAGGAGGGACUUGUGGCGAUUGAUGGGGAGAGUGUGCCGUUUGAGCCGUUUCAGGCGGAGGUUGUGCCGGGGUUGGGGGUGACAUUGAGUAAGAGUGGGGGAGUCUAUGAGUAUGAGGGACCUGAGGGGCCUUGA